UUGGUUUAAGCUGUCUCGUGUUUUCUCGCGCGAUAUUUAAUUUGAAAGUAGAACCAGAAUCAAGGAAAGUCAAAGUGCAACUUCUUUACGAAAUUAUGGAAGAAGUCAAAUGUGAUCAACAUAAGCAGCUGUGCUUUUUGAAGACAGGCUUAAAGGAUGGUCCAAUGCAUGGUGUUAGCAGUUAUGUCUGCAGUCAGUCAACUUCAUGUGGCUUUGCCAAGAAGUCUGAAACACAAACAUUAGAGUGCCCUAGACACCAGUCCACUGUUGGUAUACAAUUCUUGUAUCACUCCAAGAAAGCGGACGAGAAAAGGCAGUAUUACAGAUGCCGCAAGAAAGAUCCACAUGAAAACUGGUGUGGAUAUUUUACGAUAAGAAAGCCCUCCGGAAGACCUCUCUCUGACUACAAUUACCAAGACAGAAAUAAAUCAACAGAAAGUAAUAAGCAGGUGAUGGCAUCGAAAAAACCAGAAAGUCUGUCGGAGAAAUCUUCAGAUGGGUAUGAAAAGGUCGACUCUUCUCCAACAAGCCAAAGCCCAGUCUCGAAGGGAGAAACAGGUGAUCUUGCUGAGGAACUCGCCAAUCUAAGCAUUGAAGGUGUUCAACAUUCAGAGAAAGAACAGCCAGAGACCAGACCACAUAGAGAAAAUAAAUUAAAGCUGAAGAAAGCUGGCAACUUGGACGUUAGGAAGGGAGACUCAGAGAAAUACCAUGAUCUAUCAUCGACUUCUGAAUCAGACAGUAUAGGUAGCUUUAAUUCUCCCAAUUCCAAAGAUAACUCAUUGACUCAAAUAUCUAGCUUCGAACAGAGCCCUGCUAAUAGUGGGAGCAAAAGCCAAUCAGAAUUAAACCAAGGCAGUGUGAGAAAUGAAACUGUUAGCAACAGGCAUAGAUAUGAGGGUAUUGGAAGGAUCAAGAAAAAGAGUCCCCAGUCCAGUCCGCAGAAAUCUUCAUCCACCGAGCUUCCAUUGAUGGAGAGAAUUCGAAUAAAGUCGGGCAAUCGGGAGGUGUCCGGUCCGAAGAGCUCUGAAGAAAUUGUGGACUUGACGAGUGAUGAUGAAGAUGACAACCCACGAAGAGUGUUGACCUCAUCAAAGAGAACGACGACUCCAGAGAACAAAGAGACCAGAUACGAACCACCUCCUCACACUGUUCCACAACUACAGGAACUACAGACAGUCAGUCGGGCACAGACAGACAAGAGUAGCCAGUCUCUAUCUGCUGCUGAGGAGUGGCAGUUACAGAGUGACAUAGACUCCAGAAACGCUCUGCAGCAGCAACUAAACAGAUUAAAGCAUGUUAUAGCAACUGUGAAAAUGUCCUCAUUGCCAGACAAAGGGGAAAAACUCCGUAAGCAGGUAGAUGAUAUUGAGAGGGCUCACUCAAAACUAAAUGCAAGAAUUGCUGCUAUGAAAUCAAGGUCCAAGAAUUCAGUACCUGCCAAUAUGCUUCCGAAGUCAGCCGGAACAGAUGGACAACAGAAACUCGUUCAUGUCAUCCAGCCAGUACCUGCCAAUAUGCUUCCGAAGUCAGCCGGAGCAAAUGGACAACAGAAACUCGUUCAUGUCAUCCAGCCAGGGCAAUCAGGACCAACUGGAAGCCAUGUUCCACACAACCCCCAAGGACUUAAACAGACCAGCCUACUUCCACAUGCCACUACCAUACCCCCUCAUAUACUGCAGCAGCUGUAUGCAGCUAACCCCCAGGCCAUGACUCUGUACGGAGGUCGAAUGACGGCGGCGAGACUGAGGGAAGUAGGAAGUGUCACAAAGGAGGCUAUUGAAAAGCUGCACAAACAGCUGGAAACCUGUCCUGAUUCUGGUACUGAAUUGGAGGACCCUAAAGGUCUGAAGGUGUCACUAAUGACCCACCAAAGGCAUGCAUUAGCUUGGCUUACCUGGAGAGAGGGGCAACACCCACCAGGAGGAAUCCUAGCGGAUGACAUGGGACUGGGUAAAACCCUGACAAUGAUAGCGCUAGUGCUGAAACAGAAACAACUGAAACCUAAAGAGGAGAAAGAGGAAUGGCUGAGCAGGGACAAACAGCUGGAGAAAGUGGGAAAAAACAUCAUCAAAUCUCGAGCCACCUUAGUGAUCUGUCCAGCAUCGCUGAUUCACCACUGGUACAAAGAAAUUGAAAGAAGAGUCAAGGGAAAUAGACUCCAAGUUUUGAUGUACCAUGGACAAAACAGGGAAAAGAAUGUGCACAGGCUCUCGGAUAAUGAUAUAGUGCUUACGACAUACACCCUUGUUGGGAAGGAAGUGGGAACUGUCAAUGUGGAUGCUGAUGCUCCUGCUAAAGAUGAAGACGAUGCCAUUGAUGAUAAGCAGGAGAGUGCAGCUUGUGAGAAAGAAGACACCACUCUGCUGCGGAUUGUCUGGGAAAGAAUCAUUCUGGAUGAGGCUCACAACAUUAAGAACAGAAAAAGUCUAUCCUCCAUGGCUGCCUGUCGUUUACGAGCUCGAUUCCGCUGGGUCAUGACUGGCACCCCCAUCCAGAACGAAUUGUUAGAUGUUUACUCCUUACUCAGAUUUCUUCGCUGUUCACCCUUUGAUGAAUAUAAAGUUUGGAAGCGACAAGUGGAAUCAAGCAAAGCUGGUGGAAAUAACCGAUUGAACGUCCUCAUCAAGAGCUUGUUGUUGCGGAGAACCAAGACUCAGAUCGACAAAGCAGGAAAACCUCUCGUUUCCUUACCUUCAAAAUCAUCCUCUGUUCACGAAAUAGAACUCUCAAAGGAUGAAAGAAUGGUCUACGAAAAGCUUUUUUCUCAGUCCAGGUCCGUCAUGAAAGACUACCUAAAAAGGCACGAAGAUAAGGAACUAGGAAGAAACACGAACCAACAACCUUCCAUCAAUCCAUUUAGAGAUCAGCUUGGGGCAGAUCCAGCAGGUGGUCAGAGGAGCGGGGUAGCAGGAGAAGGCCCUGGACGAUCCAGUGGUCAGAUGAUCCUGGUCAUGUUGCUGAGGCUAAGACAGUGCUGCUGCCACCUAAGUCUAAUGAAGGCGGCCUUUGAUGAUGAGACUAAGGAGACCGAGGGGCUAGAACUGGACAUUGUGGACCAGAUGAAGGACCUGAUGUUAGAGGACGAGAAGGACCAGGCUAAGCUCACCAGGGAGUCACCAGUAUUUGACACAGCGGCAAUGAGCACCAAGUUGAAAGCUGUGAUGGAUAAACUCUAUGAAAUCAGAGAGCUGCCAGAUAAACAGAAAAGUGUUGUGGUGUCUCAGUGGACAAAAAUGCUGGACAUUUUGGCUCAUCAUUUGAGAAACGCAGGAAUGAAAUACACCAUUAUUCAAGGCUCUGUAUCAGCAAAGAAAAGGAUGGAUGCUGUAGAAGAGUUCAAUACGAAUAUUCAUGGUCCGGAGGUCAUGCUGGUGUCACUCCGAGCAGGGGGAGUUGGUCUCAAUCUGAUUGGAGGAAAUCACUUGUUCUUGAUCGAUCAGCACUGGAAUCCAUCACUGGAGGACCAGGCGUGUGACAGGAUCUAUAGGGUGGGACAAACUAAAGAUGUCUUUAUACACAGAUUAAUUGAACAGUCGAUAGAUCCACCUAGGGACACCUAACCCCCUUAAGCUGAAGUGGCUUAGUCAACGAGUACCCAAAAGAAUGGGGGAUAUCAGCAAAAUUCCAUCAGACUGUAUUGGGUUCAAACCAUUACCGUGGAAACAAAAACCAUAACACCAACUUGAUUUACCCAUUUAUUGAUAUCAAGGAAUGUCAUUACCAGUCAAACAUAAGCUGUACACAUAACAGAAAAUGGAGAUAAUUGGCCACAUUGCUUACUAAAUACAUAGGUCUGGAGGGAACAACCGAGAUACCAACACACAAGGUUAAUGACGGGCGAGAUGGGAGCCUUGUGUUGUGCACAAGUGUCAGUGAAGUCCCAUUGUUGGGAAACAACAUGUGGACAGGGGUUGAAUGGGUGAACCUUUUGUUACGACAACUUAAAGCUUAUUAAUUGUCGAGGUAUCCUCUGCUUAUGGCUUACUAACGUUAAGAAUAGUGAUUCGCUUGACUACAUGUUCAAUCGGUCUUAUAAUAACUAUCAAGGUAAACAAGAUUCCCGUGUCCUUACAAACUCUGGAUAAUUACACGUACUGUCCAUUGAAUAGGAGAUCUAUCCUCCGUAAUAAGACAAGAACAAACACCUGACAAUUUUUGAAAACACAGAAAUAGACUUGUAAAUCCAGCCCUAAUGAUAUUAGUCUUUAAUUAUUGUAUAACCCAAUGAAAGAAACAAAACCCAUAAGAAAUGUUAGUAAACAUUUAAUAUUUCUAAAGUUUUAAAGGAUAAGUGUGUACCUGGAACAAAAAUUAUGGCAGGAACCUAACUUACACGGACCGGAACACAAAUUACAGCUUGGAACAAAAAUUAUAGAUAUAUAGUGUUCCAUCUGGAAUCUAAGCUACACAGAACAAAAAUUAUAGGUAUUUAGUGUUCUGUCUGAAAUGCAAAACUACACAGAACAUAAAUUAUAGGUAUUUAGUGUUCCAUCUGAAAUGCUAAACUACACAGAAUGAUAAUUAUAGGUAUAUAGUGUUCCGUCUGAAAUAUAUAUAGAUAUAUCGAUGACGUUUUGUCUAUUAACAAUAAUAGUUUUCAUAUGUCGAUUUGAUAUAUCCCUGUGAGCUCGAAAUAAAGGAUACCACAGAGUCGUCCACUUCUGCUUCAUACUUAGAUGUUUUAUUGAAAGUAGAUAUUAACGGCAAACUGACAACUCAACUGUAUGACAAACGGGAUGAUUUCAGCUUCUCCAUCGUCAACUUCCCACAUUUAUGUAGCAAUAUUCCGUUAUCACCUGCGUAUGGUGUUUAUAUCUCUCAACUGAUUCGAUACGCAAUAGAUUGUUCUGCGUAUAGUCAGUUUUUAAAUCGAGGUAAGCUACUGACAAACAAGUUGAUGGUGCAGGGGUUUCAACAGUCUCGAUUGAAGUCAGCAUUUCGCAAAUUCUAUGGUCGUUAUAACGAUCUAGUUCGUCAAUACAACCUCACAUUGGGUCAAAUGCUGUCUGACGUGUUUCAUAUCGAUUAUUAAGCCGUUCUUGGCACACUGAUUUUGACUGCGGAUAACUCCGUUUACCUGAUCAGGAUAUAGGGCUCACGGCGGGUGUGACCGGUCAACAGGGGAUGCUUACUCCUCCUAGGCACCUGAUUCCACCUCUGUUGUGUCCAGGGGUCCGUGUUUGCCCAACUAUCUAUUUUGUAUUGCUUAUAGGAGUUAUGAGAUUGAUCACUGUUCGUUAUCUUCACCUUGCAUACUAAACCACAAAGAACAUAAAUUAUAGGUAUUUAGUGUUCCGUCUGAAAUGUUAAACUACACAGAAUGAAAAUUAUGUGAUAUCAUCAAAAAUAUAUACUUUUUAUUUCUUU